GACAGUGUGACCACAUUGUGUUCGUUUUCAUCAGAAACUAAAGCACGCAGAGAAACAGUGAGGCGCAACAAAAUGGACAGCAGUGCUGUUACCAGUUGUUCAUCGUCAUCAUCACCGGAGAUUGAGAUGAUAGAAGCGCUAACGAAACGAGGGUGGUGUUUUGGAGAUAUUGACAAAGUCAAGGCCGUGAUUGUUGUUCAUUCCGCACUUCACGCCGGAGAGGCCACCGUUGAUUUAAUCGAAUCCGAGCUUUGUAACAUGGACUUGAAUUCUAUCGCCGCUAAAUCCCUGCCGGACUCUUCUGUUCUUCGCUCCAAGUCCUCUCGUCUUCUCGGCCCUAAAGUCCUUCAGAUUUCUGCUGUUAGGGACAUAUCUCGCAGUAUGAUAGCUGAAAGUUCAGGAAAUUCAAGCAACAAGAGGCUUUUAAGGUUGAAGCUAACAGAUGGACACUCUGAGAUUACUGCUAUAGAGUACACCCAAAUACCAUCCAUUCCCGAUGAUGUUGUUCCCGGAACCAAGAUCCGUCUUGAAGAUAAGGCCGUUAUGCGAAAUGGUAUCUUGUGCUUAAAUGCGAAAGUUAUAACUGUAUUAGGAGGUGUUGUUCCGUCGCUUUAUGAAGAAUGGCAAAUGAACCAGAAAUAUUCAGGUUUCUCACGCACAUCUGCACAAUUAACAAAUGAUGGUGAUGCUGGGGGCCCACCACAGUUUGAGAAAUUGCACGUUGGGGCACCUUCACGUCGGCUUAACCAAGGAAAAUUUCCUCAAUUUUCUGAGCGGAGUUCGAAUAAUCCGAGCCUUGCUUUUCUGGGCAAAGAUAAAGGUUCUAUAUCCGGACAGAGCAGUGAGCCACUGCAUUCUGUCGGAAAGGUUGAUAGUAAGAACAGUAAUGUAGAAUCAGUUUCAGUUAACCAAAGGAGUGAAGGAAACAAUUCCUCCUCUGAUUCAAGACCAAAAGAAGUGGUUGAGUCGAUCCCUGUUCAAAAUCAAGCUGCUUCACAAAAGCUUCUUGAGAAAAUGAAUAAUAAUGGCCGAGGUGAUCGUUUUGCUAGAGGUGGGAAGCAUAGAGGAAAGGGAAAAUUUGAGGAGGCAAACGUCUUGACUUUAGAUGAAUGGGAGAAGAGAAAAGCUAGUGCAAACUCAUCGAUGAAACAAGGGAUUCCUGACGUUAGGCAGGAUGAGGAUCUAGCACGCCAGCUUCAAAACCAAUUUGACUUGGAAGAUCAUGGACAAAGAGGACCCCAAAUGACACAGGCAGAUUCUAUUAAACUGAAUAUGUUUAGUUUCGCUAAAGACAAUGUUAAUGAUGAUGGUAGAUCAGGAUUCAGAGGGAGGGGAAGAGGAAGGGGUAGGGGAAGAGGACGAGGGCGAGGCAGAUUUGGUUGACUGUUUGAAUGAUUUUAUUGUUGUGCAACUUUUUAACUUCGAGAUGUGAUGGAUGCCUGAUCGUUCUGUGAUCUGAAUAGAUCUAAUUGAACACAUAGUUUUGGAUUUGGUCAACAGUUUUGGUUUUUAUUUAAAAUUAGAAUACAUUUUGGGUUAGUUUUGGUUCUUGUCUUGACUGAAUCGGUUUUAAGUUUACCGUCCUGUAUGCUUCACAAAUUGCACAAUGAGAAUUCUAGUGGAAUUGCUAGUAAAGAGGCUUUAUCUUUACUCUGUCUCCUUUGGUCUCUCUGUCUGGUUCAGUUUGCUUUUGUGAAGGAUUCUACCGGAAUUGCUAGUAUAUUUCAGUUGCAUUGGUUACUGGUAUUCA